AACGUGAGCAGCAGGCGUGCCACCAUCACAGCUGUCAUCACACGUUCUGUUGAAGGCCGCUGUGGAAGACGCACAGAUGCAUGGAAGGAUGCAGAAACUGCUGUACCAGACUUUGUUACUGUUUCUGUUAUGCUUCCAUUGUGGUGCUAAUAAUUUUUUCCAUAAAAGGCAUUUCCAAAGCCAUACAUACUCAGAAAUAAAGGAUACAGUAAAUUCUAAGCAUGCAAGCAAUUGUGCACAUCUGCAAAUAGAGACAAGUAAUAAACAAACACAAGCAGAAUUAACAGAUUUGGAAAACCAUGAGUCUGGGUCCAGCGUUCCAGUUCAGACCAAUGAAGCCCAAAACAGUUACGGCACAAAACAUAAUGGAGACUUAUUAUACAUAGAUAAGAAAAAAAUGUAUCAAAGGAAGAAAAUGGUUGAUUUUUCUUCUAAAAACUCAAAUUCAGUACUGUACGGUGAUACAAAUAAAUUGACAUUAUCCAAGGAAUCAUCACUAGAAACACUUGUAGAUUUUGCUAUAGAUAUGCUCAAUCAGAAGAUAAAAAGAGAGGGAAAUAGUAAAAUAAAAAUACCUGACAUAAAUGAAACAUUUUAUGAACAGGUUGGUCCUUUGAAAGUUAAAGGAGAAUUCUGUGCCAGAAUGGGUUGGUUCCUCUCAUUGUCUACUUUGUACCGCACAGAUCAAAUAUAUGUAUCACGAGGAGGAAAUAUUCUUACUUUGCUUAUUAGUGUUGGUUUAAAGGAAAUGUUCAUUGAUUAUGAUGACUACAAGUUUAAGUUUAUGGAAGUAGGUCCUACAGGGAAAAUUGAAGCUCAAGUUGUAAAUAACUCCAUUGAAAUGAUUUUAACUGUUGAUAUUAGUGGUUCAGGAUGCAAAAUAAAACUCGCUGAUAUCAAAAUUACAACAUUCAGUGGCCUCAAAAUGCAUGUAACUGGUCUUGGCAGAUUAAGUUUUUUUGUAUCUAAAGUAACAACAUGGAUUAUUGAACUAUUCCAUGAAGAAAUUAAAGAAAAAGCUGAAAGAAUACUGGCAAGAGCUUUGGAAGGUGUUCUAGAUAAUAUAAAAUGUUAAAGUUUUGAAAUUUCAGGGUUUUUGUUUUCCAUACAUGUUAUCACAUAAUUUCUUUAACAAUAAAAUUUUAAAGUAUGGAUUACAUUUACUAUUAACCAUUUUGUUAUUUUGUCUCUCUCACUGUGCAUGCAACCAUCUUAUAUCAUACAUAGGGACAUCAGAAAAUAAGUUAAAAGUAAGUUACACAUACUGUCCCAUGCUCAGACCAUUGCAAAACAAUGGUUGGGCAUUGUCAUAAGAGAGUACAUAUUUCUAGUUCUCUGCAAACACAGUUUUGCUGCAAUAUGGGUAGCAGACACAUCACAGUAUGUGACUAACAUUGUGCAGCGACUGGAAAUAGUCUCUAAAGUGUAAGUACAUGGGACAGUACUAUUCUUGUGGGCAAACUAUCUAAAUUGCACACAGAUUCACCAUGAAAUUUUGCAGGUAUAUGGAUCAAAUGCAGUGUCACAUUCAGCCAUAGUGAAAUGGUGCCAACAAUUAGACCAAGGAAUGCCAGACAUUGGUGACAUAAUCAGGAAAGAAGGCUACCGACAUACACCAAAGGCAGUUGUUUUGGCAAACUGAAAGAACAUCUGUGCAAAAGAGGUUUUCCAAUAAUGAGGGCGUUCACACAGUGGUUCUCUAAUGGCUUCAUGGCCAAUGAGCACAUUUCUAACACUGACAGAUUCAACAAUAUGUAGAACUUCCCAACCGAUGUUUACAGAGACUUGGCAACUUUGUUGAAAAAUAGUGUCAUGCACUUGUGUCACACUGAAGUAUAUUGCAGUAUUCAAUAAAAAUUAGUUGCCCUGCACAAUAA